UGCUGUUGCUAUCAUCAACAAAUUCUUCUCUUCGGGAUUUGUGGAAUACGAUGUUUACGUCUGUAUUGUUGUAUUUCUAGCUUAUGUCACGAUGGAUGAAGUUCCGGAGUACGCAGAUAAUAUUGAAAGUGAUUUUAGGCCCUGUGGAACAUGUGGAAGGACCUUCCUUCCUGAUACACUGGCACGCCAUGCAAAGGUUUGUCGCAAAACUGCUAAAAAAAAGAGGAAAACGUUCGACUCAUCAAAGCAGAGAGCAGAAGGAACAGACAUCGGCACGGUUCCCAAAACAAACGAGCGUGAUUUACCUCCAUCAAAAAAGAAUAACUGGAGACAAAAACAUGAGGACUUCAUUGAAGCAAUGCAGUCAGCCAAGGGCGUAUCCAAAGCUAUUAAGACGGGGGCACCUUUACCUCCCCCUCCCGCUCAGAAGAGGAUCAACCCGGAUUACGUGCAAUGUCCAAGCUGUGAGCGUCAUUUCAGUGAGAGCGCAUCAGAGAGACACAUACCUUGGUGCAAAGAGAAGAACAAACGCAUCGACAAACGGACCCCCAGCGCGGCAGAUAAGGGCAAAGUCCAAGCCAGAACUAAGUACAAACCACCACUACCAGGGGGCAAGAAGAAGACCCCCUCUCCUGCUGCAGCUAGACAACCUCAGAGCAGGGUCUCCACCAGGGCGGGGUCAGACAGAGACGUGGCGGAGCUGGAGAGUAGAAUGAACGGCAGCAUGAAGAUUGGGAACAGGACCUCGGUCAGAAACAAACCUUUCACAGGAUCAAAAGCAAGAAGUUCAAGUCUUGAGCGUCCAUCACCAAAGUCCUCUGCCUCAUCAUACAGGAGCUCCAGUGGGGAUGCAGUAAAGGGGAGAAGAGACAACAGACAAGAUGCAGCGUACAGUCCGGCCAGCUACCAAUCAGGUGAUGGUGGCAGAUAUGAUUACGAUGACGACAUGGACUACGAUCACCCCGACACACGUCAAGGGUCUGCGGGUAGGAGGCUGGAGCCUCUCUUCAAAAACAACAACAAUCAUAAAUCGCCCAAUCACGUUCUCCCGCAUGACAGGUUACGGGCUGUGUCUGAUGACAAUGGAUUUGCCAUGUCUACCAGUAGAACACCAACACCCCCAUCAUCCAGACCAACCAUUAAUUCCCGCAAAACGAGCGCCGACAUCGUGAACGGACGAAGGUUACCAAAGUUCUGUCACGAAUGUGGGACCAGAUACCCCGUGCAAAAUGCCAAGUACUGCUGCGAGUGCGGAACAAGAAGAGUAUAUUUGGACUGAAGAUGAUGGAACGGAGAGAGAGAGAGAUGAAGAACGGAUGUAGCA